AAGUAAUGGCUUCUGUUUGUCAUAAGGUAAAAUAUUGUUAUUUUGUGUAAUACGGGACAUAAUCCUCUGACUUUGUUUACAUAUUGAGACGAAGUGUGAGAUGUAAAGAGAGCUGCAAGAUGGUGCACAGCCCGAGCUCAUAUGCUCACGAUUUUUGGCAACACAAUAGUGAUCAGCAAGUGGAACUAAGCUGUCUUAUGCCCAAUGGAGUAUUUAUUCCACUUGAGGCCAACAAAAAGGCCACACUUCAUGAAAUCAAAGAGGAUCUGUGGGAGGAGGCUACCAAGUUUCCGUUGCACUGGAUGCUUCACGAUGCCUCGUCGUACGUGUUCUCCUGUCUCAACAGCAUGCUGGAGAUGGAGGAGCUGUUGGAUGAAAGCAAGAGACUCUGCGAUGUUAAACCCUUCGUCGCAACACUCAAGGUCAUUGAACGACUGGGCGACAAGGCGGAGAAGACACUCAACGCAAACAUUAGUCAUCUAAUUGGCAAAGGAUUGCACGAGUUUGACUCACUGAAGAAUUCAGAGGUGAACUACUUCCGCAGCAAGAUGAAGGCCCUGGCCGAUGAGAUGGCAAAGAGCAGACAAAAUAAGGCUUGGCUUGAGAGGUUGUACUACCAGUAUCCUCCAAGGGUAGCGCUAACAGACCAGCUGCCUGAGACAGUCAAGUGCGGCCUGCGUGAUGGCAACUACAAACUCACCGUGAAGAACAUUGCUUUUGAGAACACUGCGACUGCGUUCACGUUCAGCGUAGCGCUGCAGACCAAACCUGUCCAGCUUAUAUCGCAGAUUCUCACCAAGAAGGCGUUGAACCUGAACACCAAGGGGGAACACGUCAGUGAGUACGUGCUGAAGGUGUGUGGCCAGGAAGAGUACCUGGUGGGAGACUAUCCCCUUAUACGCUUUGUCUACAUACAGGAGGCCCUUAGUAGAGAGACCAUCCCUACACUGGUGGCUGUGCCCAAGGAGUACGUCAACAUUGAAGUAGACCAUGUAUACGAGAACCCAGACUCAUUAGACGAGCUGAAGAGGCCGCGCCCCUCAUUCAACACCCUCACUCUGCGCAAGAAGGGCAAGUACAUGUCUGCGUGGAACAUCUACGACAGAUUCACCUUCCGUGUGUCUGCCAUCUGCCGGCUCAACUGUGACACAAACCGCAGCGUGGAGGUUGGAGUGCAAGCGGGGCUGUUUCACGGAGGCAAGUCAUUGUGCGAGACUCAAAAGACUGCAGAGAAACUGGUGUCCAAAGACGGCAAUGUUGAGUGGGAAGAAGACUUGACGUUUGAUUUGAAAGUCUGUGAUAUUCCGAGGAUGACAAGACUUUGUUUUGUCGUUUACGAAAUCCUCAAAAGCUCCAAGGGCGUCAGAGCUAGGCGACUGAAAGAUUCCAAACAAGAGCUGUAUGUAAACCCCAUGGUAUGGGUGAACACAACGGUUUACGACUUCAAGACCCAGCUGAAGACAGGAGCGAUGACGCUGUACAUGUGGACGUAUGCGGAGGACACACAGACGGACGACCUGUUGCACCCUCUAGGCACAGUGGUCAGCAACCCUUACGUGGAUCACUCUGCAGCCCUCACCAUAACAUUCCACAAGUACCAUGCAGAACACACAGUGAUCUACCCUUCCAUAGACAAAGUGCUGGAGUAUGCAGACAAACAAGACAGUAUUGAGAGCAUGGAGGAGAAACCAGCUCCACCUAUGAAGUAUAUUGACCACAUCAAAAUGAUUGCUGAACGAGACCCGCUACACGAGAUGCAUGAACAAGAACGGAAGGUGAUCUGGUCAAUGAGGCAUGAACUGGUCAAUCGGGUCCCUAAUUUGUUGCCCAAACUACUGGACUGUGUGGAGUGGAAUGAUCACAAAGAGGUUGCACAAGCCCUGUCCCUCAUCAAAACAUGGCCUAAGCUUCCAGUUGAGAAAGCUUUGGAAUUGCUAGAUUACGCUUACGCAGACCAAUCAGUUAGGAGUUUCGCUGUCCGAUGCUUGAUGGAUGUUAGUGAUGAAGUAUUAUCCCUGUUCCUACUGCAGCUGGUACAAGCACUGAAACAUGAGUCUUACCUGUACUGCGACUUGGUGGAGUUCCUGCUAAGGAGAGCUUUCAUCAACCAGAAAAUCGGCCACUUCCUCUUCUGGCAUCUCAGGUCAGAGAUGCACGUGGCCUCCGUCUCAGUGAGGUUUGGUCUGAUCCUGGAGGCGUACUGUCGUGGCAGUCAGGAGCACAUGCGGACUCUGGAGCGACAGAUCAAGUUCCUGGACAGGCUGAAGACUACCUCGGAGCAGGUGCGACUACGCAAGGACAAGGAGAAGGCUAAACAUUACCUGCAAGAGAUGCUGUUGGACAUGGAGAGUCUGACUAGUGUACAGAGCCCACUAGACCCUAGCUACCGCAUCAAGAGAGUUAGAGCGGAGAAGUGCCGUGUGAUGGACAGUAAGAUGCGGCCGUUGUGGGUCGUGUUUGAGAAUGAAGAUAUCUACGGUGAUGACAUUUAUAUCAUCUUCAAAAACGGAGAUGAUCUACGUCAAGACAUGCUUACUUUACAAAUGAUCAGAAUCAUGGAUCGUCUGUGGAAGGACGAGGGAUUAGAUCUGAGGAUGAAUCCGUAUGACUGUAUAUCUACUGACAACAAAGUAGGACUGAUAGAAGUGGUCCUCAAUGCUGAGACUAUUGCCAACAUUCAGAAGGAGAAGGGAAUGUUCUCAGCAACAUCGGCAUUCAAGAAAGGAUCCUUGUUAUUGUGGCUGAAAGACCAUAACCCGACGGAGGCGACGCUUAAUAAGGCAAUCGAGGAGUUUACAUUCUCGUGUGCUGGAUACUGUGUGGCCACUUACGUUCUAGGUGUGGCGGACAGACACAGUGACAACAUCAUGGUCAAAAAGACGGGCCAGCUGUUUCACAUAGACUUUGGCCAUAUCCUGGGGCACUUCAAGGAAAAAUUUGGGUUUCGGAGGGAGAGAGUGCCCUUUGUUCUCACCCAUGAUUUUGUCUACGUUAUCAACAAAGGACAGAACAAGAAAGAGGCCUUGGAGUUUCAGACGUUCCAGCAAACUUGUGAACGGGCUUUCUUGAUCUUGAGGAAGCAUGGUUGUCUGAUUCUGUCUCUAUUUGCAAUGAUGAUCUCCACUGGCCUGCCUGAGUUAUCAUCAGAGAAGGAUCUUAACUACCUUAGAGAUACUUUGGUGCUGGACAUGUCGGAACAAGAGGCUUUGUCACACUUCAAGUCCAAGUUUGACGAAGCGUUGUGCAACUCGUGGAAAACUUCGCUCAACUGGGCGUCUCACAACCUGGCGAAGAACAACAAGCAAUGACGUCCGGACACGGCUAGACUGCUGUACUCGCUCACUGGUGCUGUCUAACCCUAACCUAACUUUCCACAAGCUGCAGUAGGAAAUUCAUUGGUAAAGUAUUAAGUAUUGGAAUCAUGUCAGUACUGUUGACCUUGGAUAGAACUAGACUUUUCAUUCCCAUUCAGUUGUAGUUUUGAAAAAAAAAUGAACAAUGUUGAAUUGAGCUAUCAACAGAGUGAAAUUAGGUAAAUGUUUGAUUUCUGUUGUGUAUGCCAUCUUUUGAACCAACUUAAAACGAGUGGACACGUUAAGAUAUGUUCUUCAGCUUUAAUGCUGACUGGGAGGUUAUUGUAGAUUUCCUACCCAGACACAAUAGCAAAGGUUUAUUAAGAGCCGUUCUAUUCACAGGAAAUUGCAGAUCGCUUCUGUGUCGAGUGUUGUAUUGGUGGCUAUGUAAAUUAAAACCAGUUCUUCAUACUUUAUUUUUACAAAAUACAUCGUUGAGAAAUGUAAACCGCAUAAAUUGUAAUUACAACAGUAACUCACUCUAAAGGUGGCUCAUUCAUCUACGUUCUUAUCUAAUUGCAAAUUGUUGAAUCAUUUGGUCCAUGUAGAUUAGAUGUACUUCAGUAUCCACAAGUCAAUGGUAAAGGGUAUUUUCACAACUGUAAUCCUAAAUGUUGGUAAAGUGUAAGACUUUACCAGACAUUGUAGUGGUGGACAAUUUUCUUGUUGGAAAGAAAGAUGUAUUGCGAUUAAGGAAUUCAACUUGAGACGAGAAUGUCCCUAACAAAGAACACUGGAAUGUGGAACCUAAAGAAUUAAAGACUAUGUAAUUCAUUAAGCCUUUAAGAAUGAUUAGGAAACUCUAAGGCUGAAAUAGUCUGAUGAUGUAGAUGAUUUAACAUAAGCUAUGCGGUAUUUUACUAAAUGAUCGCCCUAAGCUUAAUCGCUCGUAUGUAAUUAAUAGUCAAAUUGAUUAAUAGUUAAAUGUUAAGAAAUCGUUAUACUACCAGUGCCAGCAUCAAUGUGUGUAAAAUAGUCUACUUCUUUUUAUUGUUUUUUAAUUUUGGUUUUUAAUCGUGUGUAUGUCUUAUGAUCAUCUCAAUUUUGUUAGAGAAUAAUGUUUUCCUUUUAAUCAUUUUAAAAUAGAAUCUAAUAUUUUAACAUUGAAUCAUGUAAUUUAUUUUAUUUAUUCAACAAGAUCAUAUUUUUUAUUACUAUACUGUACAUAAUACAUUUUAUCAUUUGAGUUAAAUUUUAAUUUUAUUUUAUAGGAAAUAUUUUUUUAUGUAUACACUUGUUAUAAACAUAUUUUAUCCAGAUGACAAAAAAAUGUGAUUUUUCUUUAAGAAAGGUUUUACAAUUACUUUCUUUGUGGUUUAUGAACUACAUUUUAACUAUUUUAAGCUUUUAAAUCAAAGAUUAAUAGUUUAAUUCUAAUUGAAAAGAAUCACUGUACAGUUGUCAGUAGAAGUAAGUAAUGUGUACAUAUUAGAGCUAAGGUAAGACUAAGCAAUACGACUGUGUGCAAUACCUUAGUGUAUAUGAGUAUAUAAUAAUUAUAUAGUGUAAUGGACACUAACAGUAAUCUACUUCUAUGACAGUUGUGUAAUUUUUAUUGUUUGUUGUCAACACUAUUCAUAGGCUAUUCAGACUUUUGUCCAGGGCUAUUGAGAUUUCUUGGGAAACCUAACUGUAUUUUUAAUGGAACAAACUAAUUCGGUUUACUUUGUUUGUUUCAAUUAGACAGUAUGCAGUCUAUGGAUACAAAAUUUGUAAAAUAACAAAUGCUGUAAAUCUAUUCCUGGAUGUGAAGUUACUAAUCGUCGUAAAUCUACUCACACUUCUGAUGUGCCCAAACCAAUAUUCAAACCACCAAAACCUUGAAAAGUAGAUCGUGCCAACAUUCAUGAGCAACAUUAGUGAUCAUGGCGACGUUGUAACCAGUUCUCAAGAUCAUAACAACAUCUUUGAUUGUACUUCUUAAGCUCAGUAAAAUUGUCACACUAGUAUGCUAACUUUCUUGCUUGAAUUACGAUAAAAAAAAUAGAACACCGGCAAUGACUGAACGCUCAGUCAUUGCUAUUGGUAGAAAUUAAUUAACAGUUAAAAUUUAUUAAUACUUUAGAAAAUGCAUAGACUUUUCCCAGUCAUUAAAAUUCAUCAACAAAUCCCAGUUUCCAAGUUUGCUGGUCACUCUGGAUUGUAAUAAAUUUAAUUCUGUUAAAUUACAAACUGCAAUGCUUGUCUCAGAGCAUUCAAUUUCAUUUAACUUAAGAUUUGCUGAUAAAACGGAAACAGACAAAAUUUCCAUCCCAAUUAACCUAUACUUACCUACCUCUUAAAUUACAAUUACAAAUCGUAACUUUCACCUUUUACAAUUUCUUGUAUAUAACCAACAUAUUUUCACCAUAUUAGUACUUGCUUGUACCUUUACGUGGACAAUGUUUGGAUGCCAAGGAUAGUGUUGACAACUGUUCCUAGAUUAGUUUAGUUCCUAGAAGGAGAGAGUGCAAUUACAAUAUUCUCUCAGACAAUCUAAAAUAUUUUAUUUAUCCUGUAAAUAGUUUUACUUUAUAUGUUUGUUCUUUUCUAAAGAACCAAUUUAAAAACCAAUUGUUACCACAAAAAAUCUCUUUUGUGCUUCAAUAAAGAUGUGAUCCUUUAAAAACUCGUGCAUUUGGGUUUAUAAAAAACAUGAUCAGAAAAAAAUGCAAGUUUAUAGGAUGUAAUUCCUAUAAAUUUUCAAUCCCCAUUAACUCAGCGCCGUUGGUGCUCCAUGUAACAAGGAUUCAAUUUUAUAUUUUUUAUUGGUAUCUUUAAAUUUAUUUCUUUGAUUCAUCCUAAAACAUUUAAAAGCAGUUUCUCCUCAAAAUUGUUCACAUUAAAGACGAGGGUCAGAUAAAUUACUAACAUACUAUAUUAAAGAGUUCCAUGUACAGUAGGCAGUCGAUGAUCCUAAAUAAUAGGGACUAGGGUUGUUCGGAUAGCGGAUUUUUUCAGAUUGGUCAUUAAGAGUAAAAAUGAGAUACCGGUACAUAAUUUUAAUCUCUUUUGAUAACAUUAAAGUACAAUAUGAAUUUUUUACUGGUUUAAAUCCUCCCAUGAUUUUGGCAAAACACAAAAACAUAUAUUGCAGUCUCGGUGACAGCAGCUAUCGUCUCCUGCCAUUUCGGCAUCUCCCAUUAAUAUACGUUGGGUAUGAACAUAUUUACUGGGCUUUGGAUAAUUGGGGCUCUACUGUAGUUGAUAACACAGAAGAAGAUCACAAAACAUACAACUUAAUAUGUAACCAAGAAGUCUUCCUCAGACUAGAGAUAUUCUAAGUGAAUUACUGUAAGCCUAUGUGUUGUAUCUGCCCCUUCAAUGCUUUUUAAGUCAAAUAUUUUUUUCUCCAAGCUAAUCUUCCAAAUUCAUUCAAAAACUGUAAUUGUCCCUUUUUUAAGUUUAACAGAUUUCAAUUCUGUUUUUAAAACCUCCUAGGUAGUUAUAGGUUUUUUUAAGUCUAGUUCCCCAAAUAUUACCUAAUGGUUAUUACAAUUUUUUUACACGUUCAAUGCGGUUGCGCGAUACCCGGCCGCCCCCGGUGGCGGGAACAGCUAAUGUGCUGCGUGGAUGAAUGUGUGAAAACGUUUAAAUCUAGUUUCAAACGUUAGUGUUGACAAAUGAGAGGCAUAUACUGUGUCCCAGUCAUUGUGGACGUAGUUUUACAAGAACCUAGUAAAUAACAGGGAUCAGCACUAAACAAUACUGCUAGCUGGCCCUCAGUAUUGCCAAAUGGAGUGAAAAAUCAGGGGCGAAGGACCCGGAUACACCAUAAGAAAAUACCACAAAAAAGCGGUCAAGCACAAUUAAUUAUGAGGUUAGGUUCCUUCCACAAUGCUACAGUAAAUUCAUUAUCAUUAUUAAAUUGCAUGUCAUUACAUCCAAGCUUAAACCCCACACUAUAAUAAAUAAUUUGUAACAACCCCUACCAUUGAUUAAAUAGUCAGAUCUGAAAACGAAUUUACCAGAUUGAAGUAUAAAACUGGCACAAUAAGCAGCAAGCGAAACAACGUCUCACGGCAGAGACUAACCUUGCAUUGGAACAAUAGUUUUUAAAUGGCGCUUUUACAAGUACACUCGUCGCAUUUAAUUUUCUCAUUGAAUUGUUAACUCUGUUACGAAUAUCCAAAUCUGAAAUAUCUUAAAUUUAAUUGAUAGUGGUUUUAUUGAAGAGAAU